AUGGAGGUCACAGCUCUCAGCAACAGACUGUUGUUGAAUGUGUUGUUGCUGCUAGCUGAACAUUGUUGCCACAGUUGUGCUCAGAAAGCUGAUGCAGAUUUUCUUCGUGUCGACCCAAACAGACUGCAGUUCUUUGAAUAUGAGUCCAUUGCUUUUACCUGCGAGGGGUUCGAUGAUGGCUCAGCUAAAUGGAGAGGGGUGAGGAAUGCGGAAGGAUUCAUCCCAACUUGUUCCAAUGGCACAGCGACUUCGACGGUGACCUGCACUCUUUACAAUGCCUUUGAAACAGACAGUGGAGAGUACUGGUGUGAAGCUGGAGGAGGAGAGCGAAGCAACACUGUCAACAUCAUUGUCACCGCUAAUUCUGUGAUCUUGGAGAGUCCCAUCCGUCCUGUAAUGGAGGGAGAUGCUGUGGUUCUGAGCUGCAGAAACAACACGUCAUCCGCCAGCCUCCCGGCAGUGUUCUAUAAAGAUGGCCUCUUCAUUGGGAGCAGCUCUACAGGCAACAUGACCAUCCAUUACGUCUACCAGUCUCAUGAGGGACUCUACAUGUGUAACGUCUCGGGAGUUGGACAGUCAAAAGGAAGCUGGCUGGCUGUCAGAGGACUGUGUUCACCAUUGUGA